UGGGGGAGAGUCUGCAGAACCUUUUUCCGCGGGCGCCCUCGCUGUUCGGCUUUGAAGAGUAAGUCCGCCGUAUCCGAGGCCGCGACUGCCAACGGGGGGGGACCCGCUCCGCGCCUCCGGGCCCCUCUGCCCCGUCCAUUGGUGCGGCCCCGAUGGUGCAGCAGGCCCCGGAUUCCUGAAGCCCUGGAGCGGAUUUAAGAAGAUUUUGUUCAUGUGUAAGGCAUAGAAGAUGAAUUCUUCCUCCUCCACCAUGAAUGAAGAACCCGAUGCUCUAUCGGUAGUUAACCAGCUGCGGGAUCUGGCGGCAGAUCCAUUAAACAGAAGAGCCAUUGUCCAGGAUCAGGGGUGUCUGCCUGGCCUUAUUUUAUUUAUGGACCAUCCCAACCCCCCUGUUGUCCACUCAGCUUUGCUCGCUCUUCGAUACUUGGCAGAAUGCCGUGCUAACAGAGAAAAGAUGAAGGGAGAACUGGGUAUGAUGUUAAGCUUGCAAAACGUUAUACAGAAGACUACAACUCCGGGAGAAACAAAACUGCUGGCCUCUGAAAUCUAUGACAUUCUUCAAUCUUCCAAUAUGGCAGAUGGUGAUAAUUUCAAUGAAAUGAAUUCACGGCGAAGGAAAGCUCAAUUUUUUUUGGGAACUACUAACAAACGUGCUAAAACAGUGGUUUUACAUAUAGAUGGUCUUGAUGAUACGUCUCGGAGAAAUCUAUGUGAAGAGGCUUUGUUAAAAAUUAAAGGUGUUAUUAGCUUUACUUUUCAAAUGGCUGUUCAAAGAUGUGUGGUGCGAAUCCGGUCAGAUUUGAAAGCAGAGGCUUUGGCAUCAGCGAUAGCAUCAACCAAGGUUAUGAAGGCUCAGCAAGUUGUGAAAAGUGAAAGUGGAGAAGAGAUGCUGGUCCCAUUCCAGGAUAUGGUUGUGGAAGUAGAACAGAACACAGAACUGCCCGACUACCUGCCCGAGGAUGAGAGCCCCACGAAGGAGCAGGAUAAAGCAGUGUCCCGCGUGGGCUCCCACCCAGAGGGUGGGGCUAGCUGGCUGAGCACAGCUGCAAACUUUCUAUCCAGAUCGUUUUACUGGUGACUUCAAUUUGGGGUGCAAGGACUGUGUGAAUGAACAAGGGGCCAGUUUUCCAUUGUCGUGGUGAACUGUCAAGUGCAAUUUGCAAUAAGUUAUCAUGGAAAAUUUUUAGAUUACAUGAUUGCGUAUGCUGCGUUUUACAUUUUAUUGGACAUUUUGCCCCACUAAGUGGUAAAAAGGACAGAGGCUACAAGGAGAGUUGCUUUGUUUAUGAAGGUAUUUUGGUUUUGUUUUCCUUUGUUUAAUUGCCUCACAUUUUAAAAAAACAUGGGUCCACAAUUAAACCAAACAUUAUAUGUGCAGCUUUACAUCUUAUUUUACAUGAAACACCUGGUAAGGAAAACUCACUUUCUCCUCAGGUCUCAGGACCUAUCUGAAGAGAAAUUAUUAAGCUCAAGUUGUGCAUGAAUUACUAAACAUUUCCCUCUGUUUUUCUUCAUGAAAGAUGGUACUCUAUAAGAGCUGAAAAUGUUUCUCAUUACCCCCCUUUUGUGCCUUUUAAAAAAUUUGCCAACCAUGUUUAUAGAAAGGUCAUUACUAAUGACAUUUUGUGAAUUAAAAUGUAUUCAUUUGAAUGUAGCAAUCCCCUAAAAAUACAAUUCUACAAAAACUU